AUGAACUUCUCUGCUCUCCUGCGCGUGGGCUUUUGGGUACCGCUGCUCGUGGGCGUGGCUUCUCAGGAGCAAGCGCCGCUCGGCGCGGAGGAUCCUGUGUCUGAGACCCAGGAGAUGAGGCUGAUUGCCUGUGUCGAGCCGUCGGAAAAUUCGAGGCUGCUGGAGGCGGAGUGGAAGGCAGCGCAGUCUUCCACCAAGUUUCCCAUGAGCUGGAUCGAUAACCCCGCCGACGAGCUCUGCGCCGGCCUGCCGGCAGACGAGUACCCUUCAAUCAGGCUCCUCCGCGACGGCCAGCCGUCGGUAGAGUAUCCCGGACCACGAACCAGUGACGAGAUACUACGCUUCCUCAGCCGCGCCGAGCGCUGUUCCCAAGCCCCAGUUGCAACGUUGUCAGCCAAGGAAGUCGACUCCUUUAAGGAUGUGGACGACUUUGUCUGCAUCGGGCACCUGUCGCCCGACACGGCAGCCCGUCAGGCGUUCGAGGCCGUAGCGAGUAAGUACUGGACCGAGUUCACCUUUGGCGUCGUCGACAACAGCCCGGACGUCAUAGAAGCAAAGGUCGUCUGCCACAAACGCGACGACGAGAGCGUGCACACCCGAUCUGCCGACGACAAGCUAGAGGCGUGGGUCGUUGAGGCCUCGAGGCCCGUCAUCGCGGAGCUCACUCGCUCGAACCACCAACGCUUCCUCGAUCGCGGCUGGCCAAUGGUCUACAUCUUUUCGCCGUCGCCCCAAGUCCGCGCCUCCAUCCGCGACGACCUCCACGAUUUUGCAAAGAAACAGUACUCGUCCCUGACGGCCGUGACCGUCGACCCGACCUACUUCCCGGACCUCCCGGCCGAGCUGGGCCUCAACCCUUCCGAGGACGGCUACCCCGCCGGCGCGGUGCACCAGCUGUCGAACGGGCGGAUCUACCCGUACCCCAAGGGUAGGGCUCUCACGCCGCGCGAGCUGCAGGGGUGGGGGCUGGACGUAUGGCAGGGACGCGUCAGGCCGUGGACGCCGCCUGGUCAGAAGCCGGCCGAGGACGUCGGGGGCGGCAACGUGCGGAUCACGGGGUCGCGCAGCCUCAAGGUCAAGAAUAUUCCGGGACUGAAGAUCAAGAUUGGCGGACGGGAGCGGGACGAGCUUUAG